AUGGCGAGGCACCAGAGAACACCACACUCAAAGGUUGAGAAAGCUAUCCGCACCAGUCUAGCGCACAGUAGCGUGCUGGCCGUGGGAAGAAAGGACGCGCAGGAGCAGACCUUGGAGAUUGAGCAACGAAGCAGCCGUGUCUGGCAUUGCGAUGAGCGGGCUCGGCAGGCUGGUCCCGCCCAGGUUCCGGGGUGGUCGCGAGGGGGCCUGGAGCAGAACGAGCCAACCAACCAGCCUGGUCAGCGUCCGAACGCCCUCGCUAUACCUAAGAACGCCACUCGAUUCAAGGAGGAUGCGGAGACCUUUGUCCACACUCAUGCCCAGGCCGGCAUCCCGCUGAGGUCGCCGCUGUCGCCAAAGAGGGCUAGAGCCGGCGAGCGGGCGCAGCAGUCCAUAUCUGGCGAGGGCAAGGAGAAGGAGCGGGUGUGUGAUCGUUGUGAUGAGAUUCGCGACAUUUUCGCAGUUAGGAAGGCCAAGUUCAGCGCCAUGUUGGGCUAG